AUGACUGCUUCGAUCGAUACAGCCCCUUCAGUGGAUUCUACUGUUGCAAUGGCCGAAUUAACAUCGCCGUCUGCGACAGUCGCCGACGGCGUUGCUGCUCCCGCAACGGCAAACAGCGAGGAACCUGCAGCCUCGUCGAUUACCGUCAACACCAAACAACCUGCCCCUGCAGCCUCUGCCAAUUUCCCGCCUCCCAAGACUGAUAAGCCUCGACCGCACGUCUGUACGACAUGCUCAAGGUGCUUCGCUCGCCUCGAGCAUCUCAAGCGCCACGAGCGCUCCCAUACAAAGGAGAAACCGUUUGAGUGCCCCGAAUGUGCUCGAUGCUUUGCGAGAAGAGAUCUCCUGCUGCGUCAUCAGCAGAAACUCCACCAGACCACCACUCCCGCCUCGCGGCCCCGCAAUCGUCGUGAAAGUGCCAGCGGCGUUGUCGCCCCCGGGAGCAGAGCCCGCAAGAACAGCAUUGCCAGCAGCACAGUUUCGGGGGUGGGAGGCCCUUCUACCAUGCGCCCAAGGGCCAACACAAUUAGUCAUGUCGACGGCGCGCACAUGUCCAUGAUUGCAGCUGCCAAUGCGAAUGUUGCCAGGGGACUGCCGCCAAACCACCACAGUCGGCACCCGAGCCUAGUGGGUCUGCCUCACCAUGCCAUGGAACACACCUACGCCAGUAUGGCUGCUACCAUGGGGCAGCGCGGGAUGGCACACGGCCUGCCGAAGCUGGACACGCACGCCAUGGCCGGAUUCGAUCCUUAUGGUGGAGGCUUGAGAACAGCACCUCCCAUCGCGGCUCCUGGAUUCGGCGAGUUUGACUUUGAGAGCAUUCAAAUGUUUGGACAAGGCUCAACCAUCAACCCAAAUGCUCUUCAUUACAACGACUCUCCACCGUCCAUGGCGAUGGACCCAAUGUCUCCAUUUGGACAUGGCAUACCAGAUAUGAGCGGGAACCACCACCGCAUGGAUGACGCUGCGACGGAGUGGUUUGGCACAUUCGAUCACCAGUUAUCUUUCAGCAACGCGAACGAGCACGCCGUGGACGGCUCCUCUCCAUCCGCCAUCAGCACCACAAGCCAGAGCGGACUGAGUGACAUAAUGCUCGAUGGCUCGAACCAGCACCCUGUUGUAACCUCAGUGGCUGCAACAACCUUCUACCAGCCGGCAAUUAUGGGCCCUGCCCAGAUGACCAACCCUUUUGGCUUGGAGCUGCAUAACCCAGUGUUUACAGACAUGCUCACUGGUGGCGUUUCGCCUCAACCUCCGACUCUACAGAAAAACGGUGCGGGCGAGCAGUACUUCUCGACACCGCCUCCCUCUCUCAACUCCCUGAGCCCGGCGCUCAUGUCGGGCCUGGGUGGACAAAAUAUGAGCCACGCACUUAACUUUGGUGCUGGACCCGAGACUCCGUCCUCGAUGAAUGGUAUUACAAAUAAUCAUGGAACCUCACCCGUCUCAACAAUCACUGAUUCCACCAGAAACGCCAUCCUAGGUGCCUUGUCCUGUGGGGCUUCGCAGCACUCGCUCCUCGGUGGAAGUCGGUAUUCCUACGCCUCGAGCAAAGCCCCAUCGGCCGCAGACCCCGAGAAGCUACCGAGCACCCAAGACCUCCAACGUUACGUCGCCGCGUACAUCCGCUACUUUCACCCGCAUCUACCUUUCCUCCAUGUCCCGACGCUUUCCUUCGAGUUCCCCAAGACAGCCGACGCCACCAGCGGCAGCCGGUCCGCCCAAGGUCAAUUAGGUGGCCCUGGGUGUUUGCUGAUGUCGAUGGCGGCGAUCGGUGCGCUCUACGAGACGGAACACGCACAGUCGGCAAGUCUGUUUGAGAUGGCUAAAAAGAUGAUACAGUUAUAUCUUGACGAGAGGAGGAAGGCUACGGUUCGAAAAGCGGACUUCAGGAGGCUGCUACCUGAAGCGAAUACUCAGUCGGCGGACUCGACGGUUGAAACUCCUCUGUGGCUCGUGCAGGCCAUGCUAAUCAACGUGAUUUACGGUUUCAACUGCGGUGACAAGCGGUCAGGCAACAUUGCUUCCACUCACGUUGCCGCGCUGGUCAGUCUCGCCCAAGGCGCUGAGCUUCCCAAGCCUAUCAGGGUGGAGCCCAGGAAUAAUGACACAAGAAUGGAAGGCAUCGAGGACGAGAGCGGGAAGACGGAAGACUUGGUGGAGUGGCUUACAUGGAAGUCAAUGGAGGAAAAGAAGAGGACACUGUAUGUGAUAUUCAUUCUGUCAAGCAUGCUGGUGAAUGCAUACAACCACACGCCGGCCUUGACCAACUCGGAGGUGCUACUUGACCUCCCAUGCGACGAGGAGUUUUUUGCCGCCGAGACCGCAGCGGCCUUCAACGCAAAGGGUGGAGUUGCAGCCGCCAACCACAACCGGAUGAGGUUCCAUGAUGCUCUGGGAGAACUUUUGCAGGCUAAGGCGAGGCAGGAGCACCAGCAACAGCCGCCAGCCCAUGAGGGCGGGCAUAGGCCGUUCGGUUCUACGCUCAACCCCGGGGAGCUCCCGCCGAGCCAAUUGAAACCCAGUACGUUUGGUUGCCUAAUUCUCAUUGAUGCACUACACAACUACAUUUGGGAAACCCGCCAACGCCACCACAACAAGGUGUGGACGAACGAGGAUACGGAAAAAAUGCACCGCCACAUCGAGCCCGCGCUGAGGGCCUGGCAAGCCGCCUGGGCUAGCAAUCCCCAACACAGCCUCGAGAGGCCUAAUCCGUACGGGGCUGGCCCGUUAUCCGCAGACGCCAUCCCGCUCCUUGACCUGGCUUACGUCCGUCUCUUUGUCAACAUGUCGAGGACCAAGGAAAAGUUUUGGGAGCGCGACUGGGAGGGUCUCGACAAAGAACUCUCUCGCGGCAGUGAAAUUAUUCAACAUGCUGAACACUCACCUGGCUCAAACUCCGAGUCUGCUGUCACGGAACAAUCCGAUAUCUCGGGUGGCAGUUCUGGCUUCGUUGAUUCGCCAACAACACAGUCGUCAUCUCCAGAGUUUGCCGGUGGCGCUCAGUUCUCAUCAGCUGCCAAUCCCAAGGGUCCGGUGCAGGGUCAGCAAGGUCUACAGCAUGCAACCUCGAGGCGGGAGAAACACCUGCGCAAGGCUGCCUUUUACGCGGCAGACUCGCUCUCCAUGUCGGACAAGUUAGGGGUCACAUUUGCCGACUUUACAAGUCGAGAGCUACCACUCCAGUCGGCAAUGUGUGCGCUGGACUGUUCCCAAGUGUUGGCCGAGUGGGUAGCAACAUUGCAGGACCGCGUUGGCCGGUACCUUGGCAUUCUGGGCGAGGAAGAGGUCGACCUUGGGCAGGUUCCUGCCAUAAUGCUGCUCGAAGACGAAGAUGUCAAGCUCCUGGGCAAAAUCCAAGACGUUCUGAACGGGGCUGAGAUCAAGAUGAACCUGGAGGCUGCUGGCGGCAACCCCAACAGUGGCUUCCCGCUGCGAAUGGGCGAGCAGGUCGGCUACGCGGCCAAGAUCUUGCACGUCACCGCCUUCAUGCUUAGUAAAGGCGGCGCGUGGCCUAUUACCCACCUCAUGGCCAACUGCCUCGACCAGCACGCCAACCACAUGCGUGCUCGGGCGGAGAGGUCCAUCGUAGCCUGCGAUUAG